CUCUCCUACAAAUGAGAUUAUCUGUGUCUUUGACACGAGCAGUCACAGAAAAUAACGGGAACAGUCAACAGUUUGGGAUCUUUGGAGUGUAAAGAUAUGGGUCGCAGAGGCUGGAGUUUGUGGACUCAAACAUCUGUUCUUCUGUUUUUCUGUCUGUUGCAGUCGCAGACUUUCACCCUCAUGACAACCAACCUCUGUAAGUGGUGUGACCACUCGAGUCCUGUAUGUGAAGACAAUGUCUGCAUGAGCAACUGCAGUCUGACCUCUUACUGUACUCUGGCUGAAGAAGUGUGUGUAGCAAUAUGGAAGAAGGACAAUGUAAGUGUGAGUGUGCGGACACUGUGUUAUAACCCACAGGAUAUGCUUGAGAACAUAAUGCUGGCCAACUACUCCUCCAAAGAGUGUUUGAUGACACCUCAGCCCUCUGAGGAUGGCCUGCUCUUCAUCUGUGGCUGUAUUGGAAAUCACGAGUGCAAUGACAAACUCAUCUUCGACAAUGGAUUCUCAAAGCCGAAGCCAAAAGACGUCAUUCCAGUGGUAGUCAUAAGCCUGGUUCCACCUCUCCUCGUGGCUGUCAUUGCUACCAUGGCUUUUUACCUGUAUCGUAUACGCCAGCCUGGCAAACAACCUAAAGACUGGGCACCAAGGCGCACCCAAUACCAGUCUCUGGAUCGAGCAGAGGGUUGCGUUGGCCAAGCAAAUGGUAGUGAUUACCAUGGCAAGCUGCCAUCCCUCAGUGAUGAUGCCAAUUCAGAAAUAUCAUCAACUUGUGCCAAUAACCUCAACCACAACACAGAGCAGUUACCCCUCCAGUUGGAGGCGCUGGUGGGUAAGGGGAGAUUUGCCGAGGUAUGGCGGGCAAGGCUUAGCCAUAAUGAGGGUGGGCAGUAUGAAACAGUAGCUGUGAAGAUCUUCCCGGCAGUGGAGUAUACCUCAUGGUGGAACGAAAGGGCCAUAUUCUCUGACGCCGACUUAAAACAUGAGAAUGUGGUGCAGUUCUUGACUGCUGAGGAGCGAGGUGGUACUGCUGGUGCCCCCCAGAGGCAAUACUGGCUCAUCAUGGCCUAUUACAGUCUUGGGAACCUCCAGGAGUUUCUAGCUAAUCAUAUCCUCACAUGGGCUGAGCUGUGCUCGCUAGCAGGCUCUGUGGCAAGAGGCCUGGCACACCUGCACAGCGACACCACACCCUGCGGCAUGCCAAAGGUGCCCAUCGCCCAUAGAGAUCUGAAGAGCAGCAACAUUGUGUUGAAGAGCACUAGCGAGUGUGCGCUCUGUGAUUUUGGACUGGCUCUGCAACUUGACCUCUCCCUCACUGUAGAUGAUUUUGCUAACAGUGGGCAGGUGGGGACAGCACGCUACAUGGCCCCUGAAGUUCUGGAGUCCAGGGUGAAUCUAGAAGAUUUGGAGUCCUUUAAACAGAUGGAUGUCUACUCCAUGGCCCUUGUGCUGUGGGAAAUGGUCUCUAGGUGUGAUGUCAUUGGAGAGGUGAAGAGUUAUGAGCCCCCAUUUGCCUCCAAGGUGUGUGAGCAGCCAUGUGUAGACAGCAUGAGAGACCUGGUUUUAAGAGACAGAGGAAGACCAGACAUCCCAGAGAGCUGGACAACACAUCCGGGCAUGCAGCUGUUGUGUGCGACUAUAAUUGAGUGCUGGGAUCAUGACCCAGAGGCUCGUCUGACGGCACACUGCGUGGUAGAACGCUUUAAUACUCUGGCACAGGAAGAGUUGGAGAACUCCAUCUCAAACCACACACCCAUACUGCCAUCCAUAGAGCAGCAAACCCCAACACUCCACCCUUCUCCUCUGCCCUGCAUGGACCACAGCACUGGCAUCCAUCCUCCCGUUACAACUGACACGUAGAUCAAUGCUUCCUCCAGGCAUUAGUCAAAUGUGACCUACCUGAAAUAUCAGACUUGUUUUUGUAAUACAUAUUGGUUCAUUAUGUGGAGCUGGUCUCCGUUUUCUUUAAAUGCUUAACAGUCAAACAAGAGAUGGGAUCUGUGCCAAAAUAUCACUGUUUUCUUGUGUACUGUUGCAGAGUAUGCAGUUAGGGGUGGAAAAUUUCUCUAUAAGGCUGCAUUGUGUGGUAAUGCAACAAAAGUUGUAAUAAGUGGGGAGACGUGGAGAGUACUUGCUUGGCAGAAGGUUCCUUACUGUGCAAAGUGUGCCAUUUAUUCUAAAAAUGUUUACCCCAAUUUUCUCACUUGACAUUUUUGUUUCCCCUUUCUGAGUCACUCAUUUUUAACAUCUGCUUGAGCUUUGGGUAGCCUUCAAUUUGAUAAGCCACAGACCUGCAGCUGAAAUUACGAGUCAAGAGGAUGAAACAAGAGUGACCGGAAAUAACUGCUGUUAGAUGUAAAUAAAAAAGGAAAAAAAGGCCAGCUCAAAAUGAUAAGAAAUAUAUUGCUCAUUCAGUCUCAGAAACUUCAAAAUGUGCUGCAGGUCUCAUGUUUUUUUUUUCCCUUUUGCUAAGAAUGAGUUAAUUUGUGUCAUUGUACACUGACCCUUUGUAACCACUGACCUGAUUACUUAAAUGACAAGCAGAUAAAAUAUUUUCAUCAACAAUGUCUGGUCAAAAUGACCGUCCUCAGAAGUUGUCGAACAUCCUGUUCAUUACAGACUUUGAUGUACUCCGUUAACUCAUCCAAAUUAAAUGGAAAAAAGGAACCUUUAGAAGACUCACUUCAAAUGAUAAACAAGGUUCAAUAAGCCAAUGAUUUCUUAAUUACAUCAGCGAGCUCGGGACAAAGACUAAUUGAGAAAAGCAUGACACUGAAUUCACCAUUUGCUAAUCUCUGCCCCCUCUACGAAAAUUGUCACUAUUAAAAGGAAUAUUCCGGGUUCAGUACAAAUGAAGAUGGAUCGACAACAUUUGUGGCAUAAUAUUGAUUACCACAAAAAUUCAUUUUGACUCAUCCCUUCUUUUCUUAAAAACCCCCAAAACAAAACAGAGGCACAUACAAUGGAAGUGAAUGGGGACAAUCCGUAAAUAUUAAAAAACUGUUUCAAAAGUGUAGCCACAAAACACAAUAUGUGUGUUUACAUUAUUUUAGAGUGAUAAAAUCGCUUUUCUGUGUAAAGCGAUAUUCAAAUUAUAACUUUGUUGCCAUGAUGACAUAGUCAACAAACCCUAAAAUGAUUGGACAAAGUACAAUUUAAACAACUGUACAGCUCAGAUUUUACACAUGCACACAGAAGAAUACAUUUUAAGUGCUUUUAAAAAAAGUAAGCUUCAAAUGUUUGCCUUUAAACCCUCUAAAAAUUGCCCACAUUCACUUCCAUUGUAAGUCACAAUGUAACAUCGAUUUUUGCUUUUUGUCAAAAGUAUUUUUGUGGUAAUACACAUUAUGCAACAAAUUCUGUCGAUUAAGAUGAACAUGUAUUGAACCCAGAAUAUUUCUUUACAUGGUGGCCAGACACAAAUGUUUUACCGAAACAGGAUGAAUCACCACUAACAUUUUUAAGGCAGGGCUUAGCAAAAAGUCAGUCUUAAAGCUGAUUUUUUUUUUUUUUUUUUUUAAGCAAUCUGAGGUUCAUCCAAAUUCUUCAGAGCUAGUUUGAGGACAUGGAAAAUUCAUACCAGAUUGCACACUGGAAAAAGGACUGAUGCAGAUAAAUAUUUUCUGUGCAAAUGUCAACAUGAACAUAUGGCAACCUGUUAUGUUUUCCAGUCCUAAAAUUGAAGCAAACAAAGAUGUAGAGUCAUUUUUCCCUUUCCUAUUGUAAACUGGUUUCACAAUUGUGCUAUAAGUAGUAAACAUAAUUGAUGCAUAACAUGUUUUAGGUUAAAAUGUAUAAGAAUAUUAAAAAAAAUUGUUGUUUUUCA